AUGUAUACCUUCGUAUUUAAAAUUACUCGUGCUAUUCAAACUACUUUUCGAUCAUCACCACAAAAGAAACUAUCUUCAUCAAAAUCAAAAAUCUCAUCUUGUUGUUCUGUAUCAAAACCAAAAGAUUAUGAAUUUAUUUCAUAUCAACCAAAACAAUCAUCAACACGAAACAAUGAUUAUAUUGAUCUAAGUGAAUGUCAUUCAUGGUCAUCAUUACACUCAAAAGAUUCAGGAAUCUCAUCAGAUACAAAUAUUUCAUCAAUAUCAGAUCAUCAUUUUCAACAAUUACAAUCAACAAAAACACAUGCAGAUGAUUCAUGUUCACUAUCAAGAUUAUCUAAUUUAAGUUCAAUUCCACAUGAUCAUAUGAACAUAUCAAAUUUUGAUAUAACGGGCUGGUAUUCAAUUCCACAAUCAUAUGAAUGUUGUCAUUGUCAAUGUCAUCAUCAUAUGAGUAAUGAUAGUAAUGUAUCGGACAAUGAAGUGAACAAUUAUUUGUAUAUUCCAGAACAAUGUCGAAAGAAAAGAACAAAAAAUCAGAUGUUUCCUUAUAUUUUAUAA